AUGCCGAUGACUUGGGAUGCCGAUGCGGACGCCCGGCUCUUUGCCGCGGUUCUCGCCACAUCUGAGAUCAAGAUCGACUAUCCCGCUGUUGCGGCGAGAAUGGGAAAUGGAUGCAGCGCAAAAGCAGUGACCCACCGCAUCACGAACAUCAAAAAUAAAGCCAAAUCCCUUGAGGAUGGCGACGCUCCACUCCCGACGCCGGCCGCCUCCAAUGGAGCAGCUGGAGGUCGCAAACGCGGGCCCAACAAGGCGAAAAGCACAAAGGCCAACGACUCGGAAGAUGCCGACGGCGCGGCGGCGAAACCAGCGGCCAAGAAACGCAAGACCACGGCAAACGGAGCGAAGAGUGCUGGGACUAAGAAAGCUACUGCGCCGGAAGCCGCUGAGCCAGUGAAGAAGGACGAAGAAGAAGAUGAGAAUGAUGAGGCGGUGGGCAGCGACGAGGAGGCGAAGGAUGAAGAGUCGGCUUGA